GAGCGGGGCUGCAGCCGCGCCGAGCCGUGAGCGCCCCGCUUCCACCGCCGCAGCCGCCGCCUCCUCAUCGUCGCCUCGGCCCCUCGCGAAGCGCCGGGCCGCUUGGGAUCAUGGCCCUGGAGCAGCUCUGCUCGGUCCUCAAAGUGUUGUUAGUAACAGUACUUGUAGUGGAAGGAAUUGCUGUGGCCCAAAAGACCCAAGAUGGACAGAAUAUUGGAAUGAAGCACGUUCCUGCAACCCAGUGUGGCAUUUGGGUUCGAACCAGCAAUGGAGGUCAUUUUGCUUCACCAAAUUAUCCUGACUCAUAUCCACCAAAUAAGGAAUGUAUCUACAUUUUGGAAGCUGCUCCACGUCAAAGAAUAGAAUUGACCUUUGAUGAACAUUAUUAUAUAGAACCAUCAUUUGAAUGUCGGUUUGAUCACUUGGAAAUUCGAGAUGGGCCAUUUGGUUUCUCUCCACUUAUAGAUCGUUACUGUGGUGUGAAAAGCCCUCCAUUAAUUAGAUCAACAGGGAGAUUCAUGUGGAUUAAGUUCAGUUCUGAUGAAGAACUUGAAGGACUGGGAUUUCGAGCAAAAUAUUCAUUUAUCCCAGAUCCAGACUUUACUUACCUAGGAGGUAUUUUAAACCCCAUCCCAGAUUGCCAGUUUGAGCUGUCAGGAGCUGAUGGAAUAGUGCGUUCUAGUCAGGUAGAACAAGAGGAAAAGACAAAACCCGGCCAAGCAGUUGACUGCAUAUGGACGAUUAAAGCCACUCCAAAAGCAAAGAUUUAUUUGAGGUUCCUAGAUUAUCAAAUGGAGCACUCAAAUGAAUGCAAGAGAAACUUCGUUGCAGUCUACGAUGGAAGCAGUUCUAUUGAAAAUCUGAAGGCCAAAUUUUGCAGCACUGUGGCCAAUGAUGUAAUGCUUAAGACAGGAGUUGGGGUGAUACGCAUGUGGGCAGAUGAAGGUAGUCGGCUAAGCAGGUUCAGAAUGCUCUUUACUUCCUUUGUGGAGCCUCCCUGCACAGGCAGCACUUUCUUUUGCCACAGCAACAUGUGCAUCAAUAAUUCUUUAGUCUGUAAUGGGAUUCAAAACUGUGCAUACCCUUGGGAUGAAAAUCAUUGUAAAGAAAAGAAAAAAGCAGGAGUGUUUGAACAAAUCACUAAAACUCACGGAACAAUUAUUGGCAUUACGUCAGGGAUUGUCUUGGUCCUUCUCAUUAUUUCUAUUUUAGUACAAGUGAAACAGCCUCGAAAAAAGGUCAUGGCUUGCAAAACUGCCUUUAAUAAAACUGGGUUUCAAGAAGUAUUUGAUCCUCCUCAUUAUGAACUGUUUUCCCUGAGAGACAAAGAGAUGUCCACCGACCUGGCCGACCUGUCAGAGGAACUGGACAGCUACCAGAAGACGCGGCGCGCCUCGACUGCGUCGCGCUGCAUCCACGACCACCACUGUGGGUCGCAGGCACCCAGCGUCAAACAAAGCAGGACCAACCUCAGUUCCGUGGAACUUCCUUUCCGAAAUGAUUUUGCACAACCACAGCCAAUGAAAACAUUUAAUAGCACCUUCAAAAAGAGUAGCUACACUUUCAAGCAGGCACAUGAGUGCCCUGAACAGGCCCUAGAAGACCGAGUAAUGGAGGAGAUUCCCUGUGAAAUUUAUGUCAGGGGGCGAGAAGAUUCUGCACAAGCAUCCAUAUCCAUCGAUUUUUAAUCUUCUGCUGAAGGUGACAUUAAUUAUUCAGUAUGUACGUAUGCGGCCUACAGAGCAUCCAUAUUGUUUUCAACAGCCAACCCUUUUCUCCUGUCAGAACUAGAAAGACCUUCAUCUCCCCUUAACGUAAUGGUGAAGUUUUUAUUAUCUCAGGCAGUCUAUAUGUUAACCCAACCAAGGAACUUAGCCCAUGCAGUAAAAAACAAAAAACAAGCGUCUAUUACUCAGUGUCCUACAAACAAAGCGCCAGUUACAUAGCAUCUGGAGAGGGGAGGGUGGUGUUGCGCCAGGCCCAGCUGCCUGCUGGUGUUAGCAGCAGGAAGACUGUUCUUGAUUGAUACAGCUCUGUCAAAAUUUUGAUCCCACAAUAAGUUUAAACAUAAGAUUUUUCUUCACAUUCUUUUUACUUUUUCUUUUCUCUAAAUUUAAUUUGUUUUAGAAGCCGGUAAUGUUGCCAUUUCAGUUUCUUAUAUAAAUGGUUAAUGUUUCACAUGUAUUUCAGUAUAGGCAUUUGUUCUAGAAUUUGUCAAAAUAUAACUAGUUACUGUGGUAAGUGCCAGUUAAGACACAGAAUUAUGUUUCAUCCAUCUGUUUCUUGAGUAAUUUCCAUACUGCUGCCUUUUAAUUACUGGAUCCUUAACCUUUAUUUUCUGUGACAUGGUUUAGCACCUUUAAGUCAUAUUUUGUUUUGGUUAUAUUAUAUUAGAAAGUUUCAUAAUCCUGGGAUAUAUGCACCAUUGCCAGUUACGAUUAAAAACUUAAUUAAAAUUUUUUGAAAUUUCCCAGGUUUUAUCACAUUCAGUGAUAGCCCAUUUUUUCCUGUGAGUCAUUUAAUUCAUUUUGGGGGCGGCCUAUCAUAUUUAUUUCCAGUGUUACUCAUUACUAGAUUUGUGUUUCCUAUUUUUAUAAAAAGGCUAUUUCACUACCUUUGUAUUGGUUUGUCCUAUAGCAUAUGGUAACCAAGGUUGUAUGAGAGUUAAAGGAAAAUGCCUAAGAAACUGUAUAAGCCUUUAGAUUGCUUCUUACUUGGGACAAUACAUUUUUCUAGUUCUUACCAAGAAUAACAAUUUUCACUUUUUUUUAAACUGCACUUUGACCUUAUUUUUCUUAUGGUAUAUAAACAAUAAUUUAUAAACAUGAUAUAAAAAAAUCAUUGUGUUUUUUUAGACUUUUGAUAUUAUUUGAUACUGUACAAACUUUAUUAAAUCAAGGUUAAAAACCUCCACGACAGAUUUCUUUUCAGUGUUCACAGUAGCGGCUUUGUAUACAAAUAUGCUGUGAUGGAACUGUACACUAUAAUUUAUUGUAAAAAUCUUGGAAAUGUGUACAUAAGCUUUUGUUUCCUCUUGUUAUUGCAUUUAGUUUAUGAUAAAUUUUUCACUGGUAUCUUGAUCUAAAUCACUACACAAAUCUGAUAAUUAAAAUAUACAUUGUUACAUGAUUCUUCAAUCAUAUUAUUUAUGGCACUGAGAUUUAAGAUCUUAAAAUAUAUGUGGAAAGGAACCCACUUAUUGAAUUAUGACUAAUACAGGCAUGACAUUUAAAAGAUAAAUUCUCAUGUUUGAUAUUUUUUGUAGUUAAAUUUUCCAUGAAAUGAGAAAUUAAAGUUUCACUGGAGUUCAUUGACUUUUUAAAAAAUCACAUCUUUACAUUUUCUCAGAUUAAUGAAAACUGUGACCUUAAAUAUGACAUAUAUAUAUAUAUAUAAAAUACUCCUUCAAAAUGCUUAUUAUAUCACAUUUUUUAAGAAGUACAUACUGUCUCAGAAGAUGGGAAAAAGCUUACACAUAGUAUUGUCUUAAGGUUUUUUAAAACUCAGUAUAAUUUCCAAUUUUAAGAAUACAACUUGGGAAGGUAAAAAGACUUAAUGAAUGUAGUAUUCAGUGAACUAAUGAACUAGAGCCAGAUUAGAUAGCUAAAUUCUUUCAGUAGUUAUGUUGAAUAGACAUUUUAGUAGAUAACAUGCCAGACAACAUUUAGUAAAUUCUUAAUAUAAUAAUAACUGUGAUCUCUUUCUUAGUGAAAGGGAGAUUAUCAUAUUUCCUAUGUAAAAUUCUAUUCAUUAAGAAAACAAAUGCAUCUUUAACAUCUAUAGUAGUAAAUCAUACAAUAUGCUUAAGUAGCACUUGUAACUAUUUUUAUUUUUGAAAUUUGUGUCCUACUCUCUCUUAAAAGGGCAUGAAGAGGCCUACAAAAUACAAAGCCGUUAAGGAAGACAUUUAACUUUAAAACAGCACAAAAAUACAUGGUUUCAGGCCACUAAGCAAGUAAAGCUUGGACAAAAAGAUUGUUUCUAAAUUUUCCUGCUCCUAAAACAGUUGAAAUCUUCCUGUUUUUCAUAGUAGAAAACGCAAACUUACCUGCAAGAGGCUAGUUUUCUCUUAACUAAAGACAGGAGGGUCUUAAUAUUGGAUGACAUUUCCUUGUAAUUUAAAGAAAAUGAAAAAUACACAGAGAGGCCUUAAUGGUAAAUACUAACCCAGUGAAGGCACAUCUCAGUGUGGCCUAGAGACACUGGUUUCUCAUCAGUUUACCUGCAGGGAUAGAAGUAAAGAACCAGAGGAUUAGUAACUACGCCAGCCUGAGAUUGCCAUAUAUUAGUCACUGAGCCGUGGGUGGCAUUAGAUUGCAUUUAUUUUUUAGUCAAACAUUUGGCAGUAUACAAUAUGAAGAGAAGAUAAUGGAACUUAUAAAUUUUAGGCAUUAUUACCAGAAUAAUGCUAAUUGCUGUAUAUAUAAUCUUUCAUCUUUGACAUCAAUGGAAAAACUUUGCAGAUUGUUUGCUAAUGUGAAAGCCAUAAAUUUUAGUAAUUUAAGAAAAAAUUUAGCCAUCUUGUGCAAGUUAUUACACCCUUCAGAGACAAUAGGGUGCCCAGUGUUAAACACCGAACAGAAAAGGUGAAUCUGGACGAGUGUGUGCCGCUCAGGAGCAGCACUAGCUUCACCCGCACAGAAGUGUCAUCUGUUAGGCUGUUGAUCCCAGAUUUACCACAGGGUGUCAAGCCCCAGGUGCCCUCUGAUUGCAGGAACCCUGCUAAUCCCAGCGUCUGAAGCAUGUAGGAAUACAGUGUCAUGUACCUCUUGUGAGGGGAAGUGUUUGACAGAAAGCAAAGGACUUUUCCAUGUUGCAGUCACAAGAGAGAUCAGAAACACUCCUUUGACUUGGACUUGUUAACAGCUUGUGUCAGUGUGUUUGUUACAUUUCAUAUGAUUAUUAGGCAUGAAAACAACCUCCUGAAUGCCUGAACAUUUUCAUAAUGGUGCUGUUGUCUGGUGAGGAUGCUUCCUUGUUUCAGGAGCGUGUCAACUGAUGAACAGGAUAGGAAAAGUCUAGUUGUGAUCAUAGGAACAGUUCUCAAUCCCAGCAGAGUAUGCUUUCUUACAAAAUGGUGUCUUACAGAAUGAUGUUCAUGAACAGAAGGAACCUUGAAAUUUGGGGUUUUUUUAAGAUUCAAGAAAGAUAAUCUGCUCCAGUUUUAUUGAUGAGAAUACUGAAGCCCAGAGAAAAGAAGGUAGUUCCCCACGUCUCAGAGCUCAGUAGGCACCAUUCCCUGCUCUCUGCUGUCUCUCUGCUUUUGCUUGCUCUAUGUUUUAAAAGCCGCUCCAAACAGCAGCCCAGAUGUUUCUUGUAAGCUUGUCAGUUUUUCUGGUUUAAAAUGUAAUUUAUUCUACAUUUUUUUCAAAGCAUUAUAUUUUACUUUUUUUUUUUUCUGUAAUACUUUGUUAUUCUACAAUUUUGUUGCCAUGAUUUCUUGGCACCUGCAAAUUCUGGAAGACAGUUACUCUUAAUUCUUAAUAAACAAUGUUUGUUAACA